AUUUACAAGUAAUAAUUGACAAUGGGGAACCAGCUCAACUGCUUGGCGCAAUGUCAGGCACGGCAGGAAGGUGCGCAGAGACUGCUGGUGCUGCAGAAAGGUGCCUACUUCAUGCGGAAAAGGACGAUUCUAGGGAUGAACACCGGGACGGAAAGGAUUUAUGUGAAACUUGAUGAGGACGGACACACAUUGUUGUGGAAACUACACGACUCGAUCAAGGGGCCGAGGAAGAUCGAGUUACACUCAGUGAACUUAAUCCAAGCACAAGGCAAGAUUGGGUUUACCAUUACGUCCCAGAAGGGCGAUACUUUACUGGAUGUGGAGGCGGACUCGGAGGAGAUUCGCGAAUCCUGGGUAACGCAUUUGCAAAUGGUGUGCGAAGAUAGCAGCCCCGACAGCGAGACCGAAGAAGAAGUACAGUCUGGUUUGAAGUUACGCAAGAUGGUUGAGGACCGCGCCAAGAAGCAAGUUUAUUGGACGAAACGCACACAGGAGCUGGAACAGCGGAAACAGGAAGCUGAGGAGCGAAAGAAAAAGUUUGCUGGCGUCGGCAUGAAGUAUACAGCACUUGCUAUGAGCAACAGACCCGGGACGUUGAGCAAGGGUUAAUUAUGAAGUGCCUCUAACCUACUCGAGAUACGAAACGGAGCUUAUUUGCAUUAACUACAGGCAACGGUGUUCUUCAUGUAUAAUACUGAAGUAUUGGUUUACUUCUG